AUGGCGACACCAAGGGAGCACAUAGAGGAAAUAAGGAGAAACAAGUUUUCGAUUGGAGCUGAAGAAACGAAUCCACUCACAGAGGAUCUUCAUCAGGCUGUUAAAAAUCUCUCUGCAGAGCUCUACGCUAAGGAUGUUCACUUUCUCAUGGAACUCAUCCAGAAUGCCGAGGAUAAUGAGUACGAGGAAGGCGUGGAUCCUUCGCUGCAAUUUGUCAUAACUUCUAAGGAUAUUACAGGAACUGGAGCAACCUCUACAUUACUGAUCUUUAACAAUGAGAAGGGUUUCUCCCCUAAGAACAUUGAGUCAAUUUGUAGCGUUGGACGAUCCACCAAAAAGAACAACCGCAGACGUGGUUAUAUUGGCGAGAAAGGAAUUGGGUUCAAGAGUGUAUUUCUAAUCACUUCUCAGCCAUACAUAUUCAGCAAUGGCUAUCAGAUUCGUUUUAACGAAUCCCCUUGCUCGAAGUGCAACGUUGGCUACAUUGUCCCUGAAUGGGUUGAGGAAAACCCAAUUCUCUCGGAUAUAAAGCAUAUCUAUGGCUCAAGUUCUGACCUUCCAACUACAACGAUAGUACUACCUCUGAAACCUGACAAGGUGAAGCCUGUGAAGCAACAGCUUUCAAGCAUUCAUCCAGAACUUUUGUUGUUUCUGUCAAAGAUAAAGAGGCUUUCUGUUAGGGAAGAUACUGAUGAUCCCAGUUGCAAUACAGUGACGGCAAUUUCCAUCUCAAGCGAGACCAAUUUUGUUACGAGGAAGAAUAUCGACGCUGAAUCCUACUUGCUCCAUAUCUCUACUGAUGAAAAAUGUGAUAACUUGGAGACAGAAUGCAGCUAUCAUAUGUGGAGGCAGAGAUUUCCCGUCAGACAGGAAAAUAGGGUAGAAAGAAGAAUGGAAGUGGAAGAAUGGGUGAUCACAUUGGCUUUUCCCAAUGGAGAGCGUCUUCAUAGAGGAUCAACAUCCCCUGGGAUCUAUGCAUUCCUUCCUACAGAGAUGGCUACAAAUUUCCCUUUCAUAAUUCAGGCAGAUUUUCUUCUAGCAUCAUCAAGGGAAACGAUCCUUUUGGAUUGCACUUGGAACCAGGGUAUUCUUAACUGUGUGCAUAUUGCUUUUAUUAAUGCAUUUACUUCACUUGUGAAAUCAAGGGAAGAUGUUCCUGUUUCUCUUCUGCCGCGGAUGUUUGGCUUCUUACCAAUCUUGAAUUCUCCUUAUGAUCUGCUUGAUUCUGUGAGAACAUCCAUCCAAUCAGAACUGAUGGAAGAAAGUAUUAUUCCUUGUGAAUCAUACACAGAGCAGAAUUUAUUCCAUAAACCCCGUGAAGUUGGAAGAUUAAUGCCUACUUUCUGGAAUCUGUUAAAGAUGGCUAGGCAACAAGGACUGAGCUUGGAUGACAUCUCAAACCAUGGAAAGUAUAUUUUAAGCUCUGCAUUUGAUGUGGAGAAGUACGAACACAUACUAAAUUUUUUGGGAGUAGAGUACGUCAACGAUGAAUGGUAUGCAAUGUGUGUCGGGAGUUCCAAUCUUGUGCUGGGAGUAUCAGAAGAUCUUUAUUUGGAGCUUCUUUUAUUUAUUGCUGAGAACUGGAGAUCCUUCUCAAAUACUAGCAUUGUGGAAAUACCACUCCUUAAGUAUUCCAGUGCACAAUCUCAAGUGUCUCUAUGUAGAAUAAAUGAAGUCUCUCAAUGUCGAGAGAUUCUUUUAUCAAAAGAGUUCGAUCAAAUCUCUUGGCUGAUUGAUUGGAAUGGGGAAUUCCUAUGUGCUAAUAAUCGAUUUUUCCUUCCCAAGUCGACACAGUGUGAAAUUUUUUCACAUUCCAAGAGGCAGACAAUACAUGACUGGCUCAUGAAAGAAGUGAAUGUUAGUGCUGUAUGUGUGUAUGAUUAUGCUCUCAUUCUGAAAGAGGCGCUCGGUAAUGACGCAGAACGUGUUGUUACCUAUGUCCAUUUCCUCUAUCACUCGCUUAGACAGAAAUACCUACCAAGAAUGGAGGAUGAUAAUGUAUAUGGUUCUAUACCACUUGUUAAUAACUAUGGGCAGGUGACCAGAAGUAGACAAGGGGUUCUUGUCCCUGCUAAUGGAAGCAGUUGGGUGCAAUUGAUUGGUUCAAUUCCAUGGAGAAAUGAAGGUUAUGUUGAACUGGGAAAAGAUUAUUUGAAGUCAAGAAAGCAUGCUGGUAUUCUUACCCAUGAAAAAGAACUUCUUCAAUUUCUUAAAUCUCAUGUCGCAGCUUUAGAUAUACCUGAUUUGCCCCCUCCAGACGCACGGAUCCCAAACUUCUUUUCUUUACUAACCAAACAAAAUGCUUACUUGCUUUUAAAGUGGAUUCGUAACUUGAAAGAGAAGAAUAUUUACAUGCCAAGCGAGUUUUUUAACUGCAUAAAGAAUGGAAGCUGGCUUCAGGUUUUGCUCAAUGGCAGUGUUAGCUGCAAGCCACCGUCACAAUCAUUCCUACCUACCUCUUCAUGGGAAUGCCUUCUUCAAAAUGGAUCAUUGCUUGUUGAUAUACCAUUGGUGGAUCAAAGUUUUUAUGGUAUAGAAAUAUCAAACUAUAAGGCCGAGUUGAGAAAAGUCGGGGUUAUGACUGAAUUUAGUGAAGCAUGUGAAUAUAUUGGAAAUCAUCUAAUGUCGAAAGUUGUUUCAUCCACUCUAAACAGAGUCCAUGGUAUUUCAAUACUGAGUUUCAUCAGUUUUUUGAGGGAUAAACUUCUUCCUCCUUAUCACUUCAUCAACAGAAUAAAGGAUGAAAAAUGGCUACGGACUUCCCAAGGUGACAGGAGCCCUGUAGAAUCUGUGUUUUAUGAUGAAGAAUGGAAGGCUGCCUCUCAAAUUAGUGAUAUUCCAUUUAUUGAUCGUGACUAUUAUGGCGAGGAAAUUCUUUCUUUUCGUACGGAACUUCAGCUUCUUGGUGUGGUAUUUGACUUAUGUGGAAAUCACAAACUUGUUGUUGACAACUUAAAAUCUCCAGCAUGCCUUACGUCUCUGACAGCCGAAGCUGUUCUCUUGAUGCUGGAGUGCACGAGUCAUUUAAGCUCAUCCGACAAACUUGUCAGAGUUCUCAAAGAUAAGAUCCGCUUGAAGACAAACAUGGGUUACAAAUCUCCAGCUGACUGUUAUCUGUUUGAUCCUACAUGGGGUUGCCUUCUGCAAGUUUUCAAUAGUUUUCCUCUUGUUGAUGAUCAAUUUUAUGGAGAAAGCAUUUUGUCGUUCAGAAAUGAAUUGAAGAAAAUAGGAGUGAUCGUUGAUUUUGAGGAAGCAACAAAAGCAUUUUCUCAUGUGUUUAGGCAACAAGCAUCACUAUCUUCUAUAAAUAAAGAUAGUGUCCUUUCACUUCUUGCAUGUUACAAAAAUUUGAAAGGCACUGCUUUUAAAUUCCCCAAGGAUCUCAAGAAGUGCAUUCGAGAGGUUAAAUGGCUGCGCACUCGACUUACUGAUUGCAGAGCACCAAAAGAUUGCAUUCUGUUUGGCCCAGACUGGACAUCUAUCUCUUCGAUAUCUCUGUUGCCUUUAAUUGAUGAUGGUGAGAAUUACUAUGGUGAGGGCAUUCACGACUACAAAACGGAACUUCAGAGAAUGGGAGUUGUUGUUUCUUUUAAGUAUGGUGCUGAGUUUGUGGCUUCAAGCCUUCGUUUACCUCAAGAUCCCAGUAGCAUCACUGCUGAAGCUGCAUACUCAUUGUUGGAAUGCAUUCGGAAUUUGCUGAGAGAGCAGGAUGAGCCUUUAAUUGCUACUCUUUCACAAAAAGCUGCUCGGAACUGGAUAAAGACCCAUGCCGGUUAUAGGUCUCCAGACAAGUGUCUGCUAUUUGGUUCUGAUUGGGGUUCUACCUUAUUGCGGGAGGACGGGCCUUUCAUCGACGAAAGAUUUUACGGCCCUAUCAUAAGUUCUUAUUCAAAAGAGCUAAAUGCUUUAGGAGUUGUGGUUGAAAAGAGAAAAGGGUGCGCAUUGCUUGCCAGUUACCUCGACGCACAUACAAAUUUUAUGGCUAUCAAGAGGAUCUAUUCUUGCUUAAAUAAGUUGAACUGGGAACUCACCAGUGAAGAUGCUGCAAAAAUAUGGAUUCCAAAUGGUUCUAAUGAUGGUGAAUGGGUAAGUUCUGAUGACUGUGUUCUUCAUGACAAAGACGGUCUAUUUGGUCAGCAGUUGAACAUUUUGGACAAGUAUUACGAGGAUGAAUUGUUGAAUUUCUUCUCUAAUGCUCUACAAGUUAAAACUUAUCCUUCUCUUGAUGACUACUGCAAGCUUUGGAAGGAUUGGGAGGAUUCUGGCCACUUAUUAUCCCAUGAUGAAUGCAUUGCCUUUUGGGCUUUUGUUGCCAAGCAUUGGAGUCAAGCGACACAGAAAGUUCUUUCUGAGAACUUACUAAAACUCCCGGUUUUGUCUGGUUCAGAUAAAAUUUCGUUGAUGGACAAAUAUGACGUCCUCAUUGCCGAUGAUCUUCGCCUGAAGGAUCUUUUUGAACAGUUUGCUUCGCAGCCGCUAUUCGUCUGGUAUCCUCAGCCAUCUUUGCAAUCCUUGCCCAGAAAGAAGUUGCUUGAUAUUUAUAGAGAAAUUGGAGUGCGAAAUUUAUCUGAAUCUGUUCAGAAAAGUGAGCAAUCUGCAAUUGACGGCGUUGUUCCCAUGCAGGUGAAUCCAAAAGAGGUUUUCAUUGGAAGAGGUCUGUUUAAACUAAUUCUUGGUUUUCUUGCUGAUCUCCAAAUUGAAGUACAGAAGAGGCAUGAUGCUCUGAAAGGCUUGCUCAAAAUUACUGUUCUUGAGACAGCAACGCCAAUAACCGUGGACUACAGUUUACCACUUUCUUCGGGGGAAAUCAUGAAUGUCAGUGCAAGAAAGUUGAUGCGUUGGGAUAGAGAGAAGUCAAAGUUUUUUAUGCAGAAGAUGGAUAAAUCAGGUGGUCAUAAGAAUGUCCUCGAACGCGCAACAUAUUUUUGUGAAGUAAUUUCUGAGGGAUUUCUGUGGGAUGAAGAAGACCAUACUCAAAAGCUUGCUGAACUAAUCAAAUUAGGUUUUAUCAUGGAAUUUGAUGAGGCAGCUAUUGAGUUCUUGAUGAAGACUAAAAAUCUGCAGAUAUUUUUGGAGGAUGAAGAAUUUCUCUCUUCUGCCUUCUCUUCUUAA